AUGGAGCACUAUACUACCGCCGACUUCCAUGGAAAAUACCAGAGUGCCACCGCGACAAUGGUAUCCUCCGAAAUAUCAUUCCCAGCAAAAGUAUUCAACAUCGGAGCGAUGGCAAAUGCAGCCGUAGAGGAUUUGGGAUACUCUGGUGGUGCCUCGUCAUCGCCGAAAUCGAACACCUCCUCCACGAACACCCUGUCCACCGAUUCAUCAAACAAAGAUUCGCUCGACCAACAAGACCCAGAAGGGACUGACCACCACCGAGGAUUUCUUCAAGACACCACGGGCUCUAUCUCGCCCGUGCUAGAGGUAGCUGACUCUCCCGACGAGAACUCAAGCGAGGAACACAUAGAAGUAAUAAAAAACGAGCCGAUCGAAACAGUCGCCAGCGAUAUGAAUUGCUCGGGAGACAACUUUCAUCGCCUCUUCCGGCCAAACUUCGGCGAUAUCACUCAGUUAGCUGUAACUUCUUUCCAGCACCCACAUUUUGGAACAUCAACACCCGACGCUGAAAAACCCGCACGCCAAUGUGGCGUCUGCUCGGACAAAGCUACCGGACUUCACUAUGGGAUAAUCUCUUGCGAGGGAUGCAAGGGAUUCUUCAAGAGAGCGAUCAGCAACCGGCGGGUCUACCGCUGCGUGAAUGGUGACGACAACUGUAAAAUGUCGAGAAAGGACCGCAAUCGCUGCCAGUUUUGCCGGCUAAAGAAAUGCCUUCAAGUUGGCAUGAAUCGAAAAGCCAUUCGUGAAGAUGGAAUGCCUGGAGGACGAAAUAAAUACACAGGACCGGUUAAUUAUUCAGAAGAAGAAGUCGAAAAUAUACUCACCGGUCGUGAAUAUGCUUCACUGCCAUCACUUUCGUCGCCAGCGUCAAAGCCGUCGAUCACUGCCCCCAAGACCACACUGCCUAAUUCACAAUCUACCACUCUCCAAACCAAAGCAUCCAAACCAACAGAAUCAAGUGCUAUAGACUCAGUCACCAGCUCAUCGAAUCCAGCGCCGUCAUUUAUGUCUGUCUUCAAUGGACAGACCGCUUUCACACCCGUCAACUCUCUAGCCUCCUUCCAGAAAAAUGCACCGUCUAGCUCAUUUGCGGAUAGUCCCCAACGAUCUGCUCAGAAACGUCGCCGGUCGACUGCGUCUGAGCUUGCCAAUCAGCCCAAGUCCAAGAUCGUGGCUCACGAAUCAUCUGUACUUCCAUUUCAACAACCGGUUGCUCCUGGCGUCAAUCUUCACGAAAUGAGCCCCUUCUUUAUUCCAAUCAUCAAUCCCUUUUUGAGCAAAAUACUUGACAAGAUCGAAGAUGCUGACGAACCCGAUAUGCUCAAUUUCUCGACAAUAUGGCCAGAAUUCAAGUUGAAAGAAAAAGUCAGCAAGAACGAGUUCUUAGAAGCUGUGCCAAGGAUUGCUGAAGCGUCGUUCAAAGGCGAGACAGUUUGGCUACGCAAAGCAGGUUUAAUCGACACAAUCGGACUAGUCGAUAUAUUUUCGCUCUUGUCGCAAUCCUGGCAAUGUCUCGCGCUCAUUCGUCUUCUGCGAUUCCCCAAACAGCUUCAGUCGUUCAACAACCUCAUCAGCAAAUACGAAAACCCGCCAGCUGACAUGGGCAGAUUCACCGAGAUUUACCCUCUGCUCGUGCGCAUUGCUCAUCUCUACAAGAACUGCAUUGAACUUCAAAUUGUCAACAAGGAAUUUGCUUUUUUGAAAGCACUUUGUGUUAUCAACACCGACAAUAGCAAAAUGCUAGAACACGCGAAUUUCGAAGUCGGAAAACUACAACAGCUUUACUGUGUUGCUGCUCGUUCAGUUUUUGGGGACGGCAGAGUGAUCAGCUUAGCCGGUGCCCUUGGAGAAAUUAAAUUAAUUUGCUCGACAAUAAAAACACUUGAGCCGAAUAUGAUGCUGCUCCUCAUCCGAAUCGCCGCAAAGACCUGCUGGGAAAUGUAUUUGAAAUCAAAUGCUUCCAAGGAGGAUUUGAAUAUGGACUCGUCUGCCUCGCCAAACUCGAAGUCAUACGAAUCCGGAUCGCUUCAUUCUAGCUCAGCGCCUACUAGUUCUGGUGAUGAGCUUAAUGAAACUGGUCGCCAGAACUUAGGAUCAAUCUUUAAUCCGUCUUCGUCGAUCCUCUCCGCCUCCCUCUCGCUUCAACUUGAGCGUCAAGUUAGCGUCGAAAAGUCCCCAUUCAUCACGUCCAGUUUCUCCACGUCCGGCUGUAGUAGCAACAGUAGCUUUUCCUCCAUGAUUGCGCCCCAAUCAACUCCCUCGCCGCCGACCAGUCACACCACUCCGCCCCACGAGCCUUCUGUAUUUAUUCCAACGCUGCCCUGCUCAGUCGUCGAAGUCGACGAGGAUAUCGACGUCGAAGUUGAAUAA